AUGGAGUGUGAAGUUUGUUUCGAAGAAUACGACUCGGGCAACCACAAGCCGCUCUGCCUGGCAUGCGGCCACAUGUUUUGCUUCUUAUGCAUCUCGAGCUUACCAAAUGAUUUCGGGUCCACCACAAAGUGCCCUAAAUGCAAGAAAGUAACAUUCCAACCUGUAGAUGAUAUGUCAGUUGUUUAUGCGUUGAUUCCCUCUGAGAACAAACCUCAACGGGCUUCGAGAUCCCAGGCAGGGAGGUCGUGCCCUCAGCAUCAGAAAACGCUGGAUUACCUGUGUGUUGACUGCAUGGAACUCGUGUGCUUCAGGUGCUUCAAGACGACACACGCCAAACACGCAGUAGAGUUGGUGGAAGACUUGCUUCAGGGAGUUGAAGCUGUUGACGCUAGAGCCGUAGUACGGACUAAGAUUAGCGGCAAACUUGAACCAGUUAAUGACAUGUUGAGUUGGAUUGAUGAACUCAUGAACCUGAAUACUGAUUUGAAAAAGUGGAAAGAUUCGCUGCAGGACCAGAAAAAGACUAUUGAACAAGACCUCCAGGCCUGGGACGGUUCAGUCACAGAAAAGGAUGAGAACAAGAGACGCAAGUACGAGGAAAUUCUCAGUCGUCUUAAAUCGAAACCUGUGGGAAUUUCAGAGCUACCAGAAUUCAAAGCGAAGUUGGAUGCAGCAAGCCGCAAAUGCGAAGUAAAGUGCAAUAACUUGGCGUGA